AUGUAUUCACGAAGAGUCAAGUGCGACGAAAACAAGCCUGUGUGCUCUCGUUGUCGCUCCACCGGCCGAACAUGCGACGGCUACGGACUGUGGGGUGGCGGAGGGAACACCUACGUUGAACGAUACGGCCGAGUGUCAACGUCGAUUCAGAAGCCUCCAACCAAAGUCCUGGAUGUCGAGGAACUCAGGUAUCUACAGUUGUACAAGAUCCGGAUUGUUCACACGACUUCCGGUUGGUUUGCUUCCAAGUUCUGGAACUCGAUUGUGCUACCAGCAGCAUCGUCGGAACCGGCUGUUCUUCAUGCUGCUGUUGCGUUGAGCGCUGCGCACAGAUGCAGUUUCGAUGCGGCACAAGCUCCGGAUGCGCGGGAGAAGUUCAUGCUUCAGCAAUAUGGCAAAGCAAUCCAGUCGCUACAGCCGCUGUUGCGACGUGGAGACAAAGCCUCGGUUACUGUCAUUCUGGUCACCUGUCAGUUAUUCACCUUGCUUGAGUACCUCCGUGGGCAAUAUCAACUUGCCGAAUCACACCUACGGAACGGUCUAAAGGUUCUGAUCAACAUGACCACGGAGAAGGAUUGCUUACAUGAUGGUGUCCUUGUAAUCAAGCCGUCUUCAUAUGAAAAGAGUAUCGACAAAGGCAUCGUGCGCAGCUUCGCGACCCUACAUAUGCAAAGUAAUCUGUUCGGUUCCAGUCUAGAAGAUCUCGAUGUUUUUCUUCAGCCGAUAGACAACACCAUACCAUACCCUACUUUUACGACUAUCGAGGAAGCCAAGGACGCCCUUGAUGUGCUGCUGCAUGGCAUUGUUCUCAUAACGCAACGGUAUCGAAAGAUUGGGCCAGGUACUAAAGACGAAAUCGCUGCGGUUACAGCAGGACAAGGAGAGAUCGCGAACUAUCUUGCGAUGUGGUACGAAACGUACCUGGCUACACUUGCCUCGGUCGACAAACUAGCCGCAGCUGCCGGAAAGAAACCAAAUGAACCAUUGGCGUUCGGCGGAAAGACGCCACCAACAAAGCUUCCGAAAAGCCGCGAACCAUCAGUCCUCAAAUUGCUACUCAUGUAUCAUGCCAUGGCGGGCAUAAUGUGCGGCUGUCUGCAAGUACACUCUGAGCAGCACUACGAAGCGUAUACACAAACGUUUCUCACGAUACUUGUACAUGCCAUACACAUCUUCGAAGAGUACUCUUUGGCAAAGUCUAUACCCGACAACGUCAACCUCCACGAUUCGAUUGGUGAAUACGGCUUUAUUGCGCCUUUGUAUUACACGGCUAUCAAGUGUCGAUACCAUCGCAUCCGCCUCCAUGCUAUUCGGCUCCUGCGGGUGAUUCCGCUGAAGGAAGGAACGUGGGAUUCCUUCACGGCAGCUAAUAUCGCGGAAACGGUUAUGGAGCUUGAAGAGCAAGAUACUUGCUAUGGGGAUAACGCUGGAGACGGCUUCUCUCUCUCAGAAAUACCCAAUUUGGAAGAUUCGUAUAGCUGGUGUUUGAUGCCGGAGCAUAACAUGUUCCACAAUGUGGAAGCAACGACAAGAGGAGACCUCACGAACGAAGUCGUCGUCACAUGCAAAAGACGGCAACUCGACGGUAGUCCAGAGAUCAUUACCUUCCACGCCAAUCCCAAACCCAGACGCAACACCGACAAAGAAAGACAUUCUUAUACCUGA